AAGUGCGCAGUGUCUACUCUUCAGCAAGAGUCUAGUGCGGACGGUCAGUAUGUACGGGAUAGAUCACUCUUACUAUUCGAAAAGGGUUCUAAAUAUUGGCAACACGCGCAUUGGUAGUUAAUUUUAAUAUUUAAGUGUUGUGAGUUUAAUAAACAUCAAGUGUCCACUAAUCACUGCCAAUUUGACGCUCCGAAGAAUUCGAAGAAUACGCCGCCGCCAUGCAGUCGUUUAAGGCGGACGAGUUGCCGCCCAAUCCGCGCGAACGCGCCAAUCCACUUUCAGUUCUCAUGUUCUGCUUUACUAUGCCAGUAUUUUUCAAGGGUCGCAAGAAAACAUUGGCCGAACAGGACCUCUAUAGAGCUUUAACUACUCACAGAUCAGCCACACUGGGAAAUAAGAUGAGCGAUGCCUGGGAGGCGGAGAUCGAUAAGAAACGACAGAAACACAAGGAACCCAAUCUCGUGAGUGCUGUGCUACGCGUGUUCGGUGCACGCUACGCAUUGCUUGGCUUCUUAUUAUUUCUGCUGGAAAUUGGUCUACGCAUUACACAGCCACUUUUUCUUGGUGGCCUGGUUAAUUACUAUGCCAAUUCGACUAGCAGCGCGAGCACCAACACUGCCUACCUCUACGCCCUGGGUGUAAUACUGUGCAGCGCACUCAAUGUGCUGCUACUGCAUCCGCUCAUGAUGGCCAUUCUACACACGGGCAUGAAGGUGCGCGUCUCCCUGUGCAGUGUGAUUUAUCGGAAGGCGCUACGCUUAAACAGAACGGCGCUGGGUAGCACCACAACCGGGCAGGUAGUGAAUCUGAUAUCGAACGAUGUGGGCCGGCUGGAUACGUCACUCAUACACAUGCAUUAUUUAUGGCUGGGACCAGCUGAAGUCGUAAUUAUAACAUUGCUCAUGUACAGAGAGAUUGGCGUCUCUUCCCUAUUUGGCGUUGCCUUCAUGUUACUCUUCCUGCCACUGCAGGCCUAUCUUGGCCGGAAGACAUCUAUGCUGCGUUUGCGCACGGCGCUGUGCACUGAUGAGCGCGUGCGCAUGAUGAACGAAAUCAUCUCGGGCAUACAAGUGAUCAAGAUGUACGCGUGGGAGAAGCCCUUUGGCAAGAUGGUGCAAUAUGCGCGUCGCAAGGAAAUGAAAGCCAUACGCAACGUCAACUACAUUCGUGGCGUACUACAAUCAUUCAUCAUGUUCAUGACACGUGUGUCCAUCUUUGCCAGCUUGGUGGGUUAUGUGCUGUUGGGUCAAUUCCUGACUGCGGAGAAGGCGUUCGUCAUCACUGCCUACUACAACAUUUUGCGCAACACAAUGACUGUCUACUUCCCUUUGGCCAUAUCCCAGUAUGCCGAGACAAUGGUCUCCUUGAAGCGUAUACAAAAGUAUUUGUUGUACGAUGAGACGAAAGUGAAGGAUCGCUCAGAAGAUGUCGAAAAUGAGUACAAUAAAAUCAAGCAGACAUACAUCAUAGAGGAGAACGAGAAAUCACUUCCACUGAAUGGCAGUCUGAAGCCAUUAGUGCCGCCGCAAGAGAGAAAACAUACAAACACAGGCAUUGAAAUACACAAAUUGAAGGCGAAAUGGGAUCAUUCAAUGACAGAGUACACGUUGAACAACAUCGAGCUGAAGGUGAAGCCGCGUACACUGAUGGCGGUAAUUGGACCAGUGGGUUCUGGGAAAUCAAGCUUAAUCCAAGCCAUUCUUGGCGAAUUACCCGCCGAAUCAGGUUCCGUUACUCUACAUGGUUCCUACUCGUAUGCCUCUCAGGAACCUUGGCUGUUCACCGGCACCGUACGUCAGAACAUACUUUUCGGUUUACCAAUGGACAAGAACCGUUAUCGCACUGUAGUGAAAAAAUGUGCUUUGGAGCGCGAUUUCGAAUUGCUGCCCUUCGGCGACAAGACGAUUGUGGGGGAACGUGGCGCCUCACUUUCGGGCGGACAAAAGGCGCGUAUUAGCUUAGCACGCGCUGUGUACCGUAAAGCCGACGUUUACUUGUUGGAUGAUCCACUGAGCGCGGUAGACACACACGUCGGCCGACAUCUCUUUGAUCAGUGUAUGCGCGGUUUCCUGCGUGAAGACAUUGUAAUUUUGGUAACACAUCAGCUGCAGUUCCUGGAACAAGCCGAUAUCAUUAUUAUUAUGGAUAAGGGCAAGAUCAGUGCUGUGGGCACCUAUGAGUCGAUGCGCAGAAGUGGUCUGGACUUUGCUAAAUUGUUGGUGGAGCCAGAAAAUAGCGCCGAUGCUGACGGUGGUGGUGAUAUUGAGAAAAAGAGUUUGUCACGCCAGAAUAGCAGACAACGUCAGAACAGCAUAUCUUCUAUGAGCUCGAUAGCCGAGUCAGCAGUCGGUGAAGCACCCAUGCAGGUGCAAGAAUCACGUGAGGAGGGAAAAAUCGGUUGGGGGCUGUAUGCAAAAUACUUCACUGCUAAUGGUGGAUACGUCCUUUUCACGUUAAGUAUGGUUUUCUGCCUUGUUGCGCAGUUGCUGGGCUCCGCCAGUGACUACUACCUGUCUUAUUGGGUUAACAAAAACGAACAAACUGUGGAUACGGAAACAACGCAUUUCGGCGCACGUAUUAUCGGCCGGCUAUACGGGCGCGAUGUACGCUUAAAUAACGUAACUGAUCCUGUUGAUAUUUACAUAUUCUCUGCCAUCAUCUUGGCUACGAUCAUUUUCUCGCUGUCUCGCAGUUUGCUUUUCUUCACUAUGGCAAAAAAUUCUUCGAUCAGUUUGCACAACGGCAUGUUCCGAGGACUUACACACGCCGCCAUGUACUUUUUCCAUACAAAUCCGUCGGGGCGCAUAUUGAAUAGAUUCUCAAAGGAUUUGGGUCAAGUGGAUGAAAUCCUGCCGUCGGUGUUGAUGGAUGUGCUGCAAAUUUUUUUGGGUUGUGCUGGUAUUAUUGCUGUAAUAUCUCUUGUGAAUCUAUGGAAUUUAGUGGCGGCAGCUGCACUAGCAGUUAUAUUCUACUUCAUACGCUCUUUCUACUUGCAAACCUCACGUGAUGUGAAACGUCUCGAGGCAGUCACACGCUCCCCAAUCUACUCCCACCUAAGUGCUUCACUGAACGGCCUACCGACGAUACGCGCAUUCGGCGCUCAAAAAAUUUUAAUAACUGAAUUCGAUAACUAUCAGGAUCUGCACAGUUCCGGCUACUACAUGUUUUUGACUACGAAUCGUGCCUUUGGCUACUGGCUGGACUGCUUCUGUGUGCUCUACAUAGCGGUAACCACACUGAGCUUCUUUCUUUUAUCGCCAGAAAACGGAGGUGAUGUGGGUUUAGCGAUCACACAGGCCAUGGGCUUGACCGGCAUGGUCCAGUGGGGCAUGCGCCAAUCUGCCGAAUUGGAAAACAGUAUGACAUGCGUGGAGCGUGUGGUCGAAUAUGAUCAGAUUGAACCCGAAGGCGAGUUCGAGAGCAGACCGGGUAAAAAACCGCCAAAGUCAUGGCCCGAACAGGGUAAAAUUAAAUUUGAUAAGCUCAGUUUGCGGUAUUUCCCCGACCCGAAAUCGGAGCGAGUGCUAAAAUCACUCAAUCUAGAGAUACAAUCCUGCGAAAAGGUAGGCAUUGUGGGACGCACUGGUGCCGGCAAAUCAUCGCUCAUCAAUGCGCUUUUCCGGCUAUCCUACAAUGAUGGUUCUAUAGUUAUUGACACGCGCGAUACAAAUGAUUUGGGUCUGCAUGAUUUGCGUAGCAAAAUCUCAAUUAUACCACAAGAACCGGUACUCUUCUCGGGCACAAUGCGUUACAAUUUGGAUCCAUUCGAUGAGUACUCUGAUGCGAAAUUGUGGGAAGCACUCGAAGAGGUGAAACUAAAAGGCGUAGUUUCGGAUUUGCCAAGUGGUUUGCAGAGCAAAAUCUCGGAAGGCGGCACCAAUUUCAGCGUUGGCCAACGGCAGUUGGUGUGUCUGGCACGCGCCAUCCUGCGUGAAAACAAAAUUCUGGUGCUAGACGAGGCGACGGCAAAUGUAGAUCCACAGACUGAUGCACUCAUACAACUGACAAUAAGAAGUAAAUUCAAGAAUUGCACGGUUCUCACAAUUGCACAUCGCCUACACACAGUUAUGGACUCGGACAAAGUGUUGGUCAUGGAUGCGGGACGUGCGGUGGAAUUUGGCGCACCAUUUGAAUUGUUGACUGUGAGCAAAACAAAAGUAUUCUAUGGCAUGGUGAAGCAGGCGGGCAAUAGCACUUUCGACAAUCUGCUGAUGGUGGCACAAAAGGCGCAUGAGGAGAACUUGCGCGCGAAAAAGGAUUCUUGACAUUUCUCCGUACCAAAAGUAUUCAAAGAGUAUUUACUGAAAAUCCUUGAACCGAUAGCAAAUCACCCGGCGAAUGCGCGCAUACAAAAAACUCUCACCGAUGCGACGCAUCACAAAUUCUUAGGAUAGCAGGAACCGGCAAAUGGGGGAGCGGUGAUUGGGAACGAAAACCGUAGAUUAUCAUAUCGGGGCUUAUUUUUAUACAGUACUUAAGGGGCAAAUAACUAAGGCAAUUCAUGAGUCAAAUCUUUGUAUAUCUCAGCAAACAAGCAAAAACAAAAAUGUACGUUUGUAUGCACUUAUACACUAAUUUUAAGUGCUUUGUACUCGUACAUGACGCAAAAAAAGUGCGAAAAAUUGACCUGAAAAUUGUAAGUUGUACAUAUCCACAAACAAAUGUGAAACAUUUAAAUAUGAAUGCAAUUGCAAUUGUAAAUAAUAUAGAAAAUAUAGAAAACGAACAAAAAAAUAAAAAUAAAAACAAAACAAAAAAACACACACAAAUGUAAAGCCAGACAAUAAACAACGCAGCACAAACAAACGAGCGAAAAGCACACACUUUAGUUUAGGUGUGUGUGGGUAUGUGCAACAAAAAUGUGAGUUAGCCUAAACUCAGGUCGGACUGCUGAAUGUCAGCACCAGAUUAGUAGAAUACUGACAAUAGUUAUUAAAAGCCACAAAUAUUUACGGCACUCCUUAAAAAAAAUAUUAAAUAUUAUUUCAACUUUACGCGCAAUCUUUGAAGCACAAGCAAGUACUAGGUAGUUCAAUAAGUUUUGCGGUUCAAUAAGAAAAACACAAUUUUAUGGUUCGGAAUACACUUUUUUAUUCAGCAUGGUCUCUGCGGAUAUAAUGCAUCUUAAACUAAAUUUAGCUAAUUUAUAAAAGCCACCGGAUAGUUUAGAAAGGAUCCCAUAGUGUAAAGAAAAAGUUCCAUUGGUAUCACAAUGGACCUACGACAGGUCUAAGUGUGUCAUAUUGGCAGCCACCAGACCUACCUACCUAACUCCCUGCACUCAAUCAAAUUCUUUCAACGAGAUUCCAAUUUAUGAUUUCCAUUCCUGAAGUGCGAAACUGGAAGGACUACAAAAUACGCUUCCACGGCUGUUAUGACGUCAGCAUUUAAUGAAAAACCCUGAAUUUCGAACGCAUGAUUUUUGUUUUUUGGUUUUUCAGAUGACAGUCGCUAGGGGCCAAAUCUGGCGAAUAUGGUGAAUGCUCCAAAAAUUCGAACUUUAAUUCAUGGAUUUUAGCCCUUGUAAAAAAAUGCUUCUGUGAUGAAAAAUAAUUUUUUUCUUUUGCAAACUGGGUAUUUUUUCACCAACUUUUUCCUACAGCUGAUGCACAUGAACAUCUUCUUGAGGCCGGCGGGCCAAUUAGAUGUCCUAAAUUCAGUAGUUUUCGCGAAGCGUUGUAGGAUGAGAAAAAAAAACAAUUAGCCAAAUGAAGUUUUGGGGAUAGUUUAAUAUAUAUUUGAACUAAAAAAAAAAAAUUUGUACAAUCUCCAACAAUAUAUUGUAAGCCGAGUUAUCAAUAGAUUCCCAGAGCACCUUGCCACUGAAGUAUCCAACUUCUGUACAAGAUACAACUUGCAAUUUUCAUCUGAAAACAAAAAAAAAAAGAUUAUUAAUUUUGAUGUAAUUAUCUUCGAUGUGAACUAAGAAACACGUAAAAUUCGAAUUUUUGGGGAAGGUAGAAAAAAAAGUGGUUUUUCAAAGAAAAAAAAACUCUUCAACUGGGUGAAAAAGUCGCUUAAAAAAAGUUUUUGGAUGUUUUUUUUUAGUUCACAUAGAAGAGAAAAUAAUACUGAAAAUAACGCAUUUUGAAUGAAAUGGAUAGCUCGUUUAGUUUUUUUGCAAUCGUGUACAUAAAUUAGGUAAAAUCGUGAAAAUGAAAAGCCGAGAAAACGCGCUUCAAACUACAACAAUAAGCGCACGGUUGCUCGACGCCGCACUACGCUCGGCUCUGUAGCUCUGCAAAUACUUGGAAUUUAACUCUGAAAAUUUGUGUCUCAUGUUCUUGAAUAUCUAAGCUAUUGAUUUCAGGAAAAAAAAAAUCGAUUUUUUUGACCUUUUAAUUGGCCCGCCGGCCUUGAGCCAGUUUCACACCACUCUUUAGCCUCCUGUUUUGAUUUAGGAUCAUGGUAAUGGACCCAAAUCUCAUCCAUAGCGAUGAAUCGAGGCACAAAAUCUACUGUAUCCUUUCGAAAACGCGCUAAAUGUUGCUGAAAAAGUCGCAUUCGAAUGUGUUUUUGUGGCAUUAUUAGCGAAUACGCACCCAAUGUGCAUACAGCUUUCUGCAACGCAAUACUUCAGUCAAAAUAUUGGCCUAAACUGCCCACUGAGAUGCCUAGUGCUUCUACUUAAAUCUCUUUCAGUCACUCCAUGAAUUUGCUUUACGAUGUCCUGUAUUUUUUCUACGAUUUCUUUUGUUGUUGUUGUUGUAGCAGCAUAAACAUGCCCCAGACAUAUAUGGGUAAUGCUGCUGAAGUGACAGUCCUUGGCCGGAUAUAAAUCCGGGUCGUUCCGGUAACGUAGAACCGACUGUCGUGGGAACAACGAUUUCUUUUGUUGUUGCUGUUUUGGGACGUCCCUUACGUGGUUCGUGUUCAAGGCUUAUACGACCACGUUUAAAUUCAGCAAUCCACCUCUUCACUGUACUAAUUGAUGGCGAAAAGUCUUUAUACACUUGCAACAUUUGUUCAUAAAUUUCCUUUGCUUUUAAACCUUCCAAAAAUUAAAAUUCAAUCACUGCGCGAUGCUUGAUUUUUUCUAUCGUAGAAAAUACUGUGACACGUCGAUACUAAAUGGCUUGUAAAAAAAGAAUAAAUGAAUUGACAGAUUCAAAUGAAACUUCUCAAAUGUGCAUAUGGAGAGCAUACGAAUUGAGCACUUGAGGUGACGUCUUCCCAAUACAGUUACUUUAUUUUUCACGUUUUGACGAAGACUGACGUCAGGUUCCUAACCAAUACAAAACACAAGAAAAAAACCAACAAAAGUAGUAGAAAUUACAUGUUUGUGAAAAUUAAGUGAAUGACUUGGCAGCAUUGUGAAUUGUGAGAUUUAAACUAAACAAAUUAAUGAAAACGAAGUGCCGCGUGUUAAGUUGUGAAAGCUCAAAUUAAAAUAAAUCCUCCAAAAGCAGUUUUCAUUGGUGUUUUUAUGCGGAAGACGCCGUGCUUUUUUUCUGGAGGUGGCAAAAAGCGUUGAAAGUGGAAAAGUGUGGGACUUGUCUUUCGACUUACCCACUAAAAACCCACCUCAGCCCCGAUUCCCUCCCGCGGGACAAUCGUUAGGUAUUACUUCACGGGAGGGGGAGCGUUCUAUUGCUUCUACACGGAAGACGCUGUGGCAAGAAAAUGCAUGUGUGUGUGUGUGUGUGCUUAAAAUGUUUUGGUUUGUUUGUUGUCAUUGCUUUCGCCUACUCUUCAUCUUUACAAACAAGUAAUUCCUUCUCCUUUUGUUUGAACACUCAUCGGCUCUUACGAAGCGAAGAAGGCGCAAUUCGAAUUCGAAAGGCGCAACCAUGCAUUCUGUGAUCCUUGAAGGGCACCAACAUAACAAAAAAAUUUUUAGGCUAGUAGCAACACGCUCUCUUAACGCACCGCAAAACUUAUUGAACAACCUAGUAUACAGCUUUUUGUGUAGUAUAGGCUACCUAACGCCUGCGCGGUUUGUGCGAACCAUAAAUCAAUUAAUUUGCUAUGAAGGCAGUAGCUAUUUGUGAUUCAUUAAAAAAAUAAAAAAUAAAAUUUCAAUUGCUUUGUGAGCUGCAGUGCUAACGCGUUUAGAUUAUAAGUAAAUUUUACGUGAAAGCAUCUACUACAUAUACAAACAUACUCGUACAUAAAUAUAUGUGUUCCAAUUGUGAAAACUCGAUGACAAUAUUAGGGCAUACAUUUUGUGGUUUUAAAUGUUUUAUACCCGUAGCAGACAGAAGCUUUAUUUUUAACAAACUGCAGCAACAGCAGCUGCUUAGUAUUUGGCGUCAUACAUGAAAUGAAAUCCAAGUGAAAUACAUAAAUGCGUGAAAUUCAGAAAAAAAUAACAAAAAAAAUUAAACAUUUGGACGCAUGCGCGUAAUGAAACUGAAUCUUUUUUUUUUAUAAUGUUUUAUUGUAAAUUUAUAAUUGUUAAAGAAACGGCGCUGCAUAAGCACGCAAAUCGAUUAAUCUAGUUUCGAGUAUGCAUUUCAAACUAAUAUAUAAUUAGAAUAAUAUUUUACAACUAUUAACGACAUUGAUUCUUCCAGUAAACGCUGAUCAUAUCAGUACUAGUUAUAAACGUUUAGAUAUACGUGCAUAGAUACUUACAUAUGUAUAUUUUACUAUUAGAAAAAAAUAUAUUUACAAAAUUCAUACGACAAACGUGUGUAUGUAUGACUCAAAUGAGUUUAAAUUAAGAUGAGGAGAAGCAAACUAAAACAAACAAAAAAAUAAAACAAAAAAAUUUAAAAAAUUAAGACAAAAAUCUAAAAGAUUUAAAAGGAAAUUUAUAAAAUUAUCAAAUUAAAUAUUUAAACAUAGACAAUUACACUACAAACUACAGUAGCUGCCCAUUCCAUUGUGAAUGCUGCCAACGAGGUAUCAUUUCAAAGAGUUAUGCAGCAACGACCGCUUCAGAUCGAUGUCCGCUGCUUGCUGGACAUUAAAUAAGUUACAAAAUAUUCAAAAUUUCGCUUACGGCACAUUUACAUUUUUUUUGUUUAUUAAAAAGAAAAAGAAAAGAAAAUCUAUGCAACAUCGGCCGCAAAUAGGAUGGAUAGAUACUGUACAUUAACAAUAUUGAUUUUUAAACUAAAGCAAA